GCAGAAGAAGAGAAACUCAGGAAUGGGAUGAGAUGGUGAAACAUCCGACAGCAACGUUUAUAUCGGAGUCUUUUUGGAGACUCGUAUCUUCUGUGGUUCAGCUGUAAAAAUGUCUUUAGUUCACCCCGAAUGGGAGUUCAUGAACGAACAGUCAACCUCCGCCGAAGAAACACCAGCAGAGUUCAAAACAAUCGUCGUGAAGGCCGAGGAGGAGGUGGACGAUCAGCGCAGGCUGCUGGAUUUAACCCGAACACCGCAGAUUAUCUUACACCGAAUAGACUUUCUGCAUCCUGAUGAUGUGAAGGAGGAGCAUCUGUUUAAAAAAGAGAACAUCUCUAGUUUGGACCAGGAGGAACCAGAAGCACUGAGGAUAAAGGAAGAACAAGAGGAGCUGCCAUGUCAGCAAAUAAAAGAAGAGAUGGGAGACCUGGAACAUCAGGAGUUAAAAGAAGAGCAAGAGAGCCGGGAAAUAGAGCAAGUCGUGGUGAAGUGGGAGACGGAUGAGUUCAUGGUGACUCCUACAAACAAUCACAAAGAAUCAGAAUCAGAAAGAGAUGAAGAGCCGCAGCAAAAUGAUGAUGAGAAUCAUCAUAGUACAAAACAAAAUCAGCUCACCGGAACUCAAGAUAAAAAUUUGUAUUCUUGUAGAAUUUGUGAUGAAACGUUUACUGAAAACAGUUCAUUGACUAAACACUUGAAAAUUCACACAGAUGAGGGACUUUUUUCAUGUACAAUAUGUGGAAAAACUUCCAGUCGAAAAUGUCAUUUAGAUGUUCACAUGAGAACUCACACAGGUGAGAAGCCAUUCAUGUGCAACCUUUGUGGAAAGGGUUUCAGUCAGAAAGGACAUUUAACCAUUCAUACAAGAACUCACACAGGUGAGAGACCUUUCUCUUGCAAGAUUUGUGAAAAAGGAUUCAUUGAAAAAGGUUUGUUGACUGAUCAUAUGAGCAUUCACACAGGCGAGAGGCCUUUUCUGUGCAAGGUUUGUGGAAAAGAUUUCCGUCUAAAAGCUGAUUUACGUCGCCACACGAUGACCCAUACAGGUGGGAAGCGUUUCGCUUGUGUGAUUUGCUUCAAAACAUUUUGUCGAAAAGGCCGUUUGACUCUUCACAUGGAAAGUCACACAGGUGAAGACCCUUUCUCGUGUAAGAUUUGUGGAGAAGGUUUCUGUGAAAAAGAUUUUUUAACUGAACACAUGAAAAUUCAUACUGGUGACAGGCCUUUCCCUUGUAAGAUCUGUGGAAAAAGCUUUAGCCGAAAAAGUAGUUUAACUGUUCACGUGAGGACUCAUGUUGCGGAGAAGCCUUUCUCUUGUGAGAUUUGUGGGAAAGGGUUCUGUGCAAAAGCUUUUCUUAAUCUUCACAUGAGAAUUCACACAGGUGACAGGCCUUUUUCUUGUGUCAUCUGUGGAAAAACCUACACUCAAAAAAAUCAUUUAUCUGUUCAUUUGAGAACUCACACAAGUGACAGGCCUUUCUCAUGCACACUGUGUGGGAAAAGUUUCCAAUACAAACAGUCUUUAACGGAACACAUGACUAUUCACACAGGUGAGCGGCCGUUCUUGUGCAAGGUAUGUGGAAAACGUUUCCGUGAAAAAUGCCAUUUAACCGUCCACAUGAGAAUUCACACGGGUGAAAAACCUUUCUCAUGCAAUGUUUGUGAUAAACGUUUCUGUAAAAAAUGCCAUUUAACUGUCCACAUGAGAAUUCACACGGGUGAAAAACCUUUCUCAUGCAAUAUUUGUGAAAAACGUUUCUGUAAAAAAUGUAGUUUAAUUCUUCAUAUGAGAAAUCAUGCGAGUGAGAAUUCGGUCUCUUGCUAGACAUGAUGACUCAUAAAGGAGAGAAACAUUUUUGUGCGUGAUUUGUGAAAAAUGAUUGAAAAAUGUUGACUGAAAAUCAGCAGUUAAAAAAAGUAAAUUAACUACAUUAUUUAAAUAGUCGAAAGUAGAAACAGUAGAAUAGUAGAAACAAACUGUGGAAACUGUGGAAAAUAUUUCAAACAAACCUUUCUCACAAAACACUCCUGUCAGAGAUGACUUCCUCUCAGAUCGCCUUUUUAUCAUUCAUAAAUCAAAUGAGCAAGAUCUGGCACACGACCUUAAAAAUGUCAGGAAACUAAGCUUGAAAUGUCUGAUACUUUAAGAAACUCCUUCCUGGUGUCAUUUUUCAAAGUUUGAAAAAUGAAUGAAAAUAAAGGAAAAAUCACUAAAAUCUGCAGCUCCCAUUCUAAUAAUGUAACCUUUGAACUUUAAUAAAGCUAUGCAUCGACUAAUUUUCAGUGAAUUCGGAGUGAUGCUCUGCAAAAGUUUAGAAAUGAUUCUGGCUCUUUCUUGUCUUUAAUUUGUAAUUUAACCAUUGUUUUAAAUUUCUUUCAUUCCUGCUGCAGUUGUUUUUCCAUGUAGAUUUUCUUCUUUUUGUGAUGGAAUAAGGCCAAAAUUUAGCUUGGAGACAUAAAUACUUUUUUUCUGCUUUACUAAAAAUUUUUGAGAAGUGAAAUUAACCAAGAUAUUAUAAUGUCUGUAUUUGUGCAGCACUUUAUUUAGUCCUGAGGACCCUGAAACGUUUUACACUACAUUCACUCAAUCAUGCACACAUUCAGACACUGCUGAUUUAAAUUAAUGUUGACAUCAAUCUAAAAGUCUGACCAUUUCUUUUGAAGUAAUUACUCACAGAGCCAACUUACUGUAAGCUAAUUCUGUAUGUUCAUAUAUGCUAAUCAGGAUUUAAACAAUAUGUUUAAUGUUUUAAAUUGCGUACAAUGCAUAAAAAUGUUAUUGGUAUGGUUUACUAAUGCUUCAUUUGUUCAUUUUUUAAAAAAUUGUAUAUGAAAACAUGCACGGUUAAAGUGAAUGAAUCAACAUGCAAUUAAAUAAAAUUGAGUUUUCAAAUGGU